UAGAAUGUCAACUAGAAGUGAACUUAUUUUAGUACUGAGCCUCUGCCUGCUCGUCAACUUGCUGGCUGCUCAUGCCCGACCCUCGGAGCAGAGUCCUGCCAGAUCGAGACGCGAUACGUACGACUGGUUUUCCAGCCUAUUAGGAGAUUACUUCGAUGACAGCGAUAGCGACUCGGAGGAGAUCCUGAUUUGUCGCAACUGUACAGUGGUAAUUGGUCAAAAAGGCCCGAGUGACAACGGUACUGAGACAACUGCUGCACCCACUGGUAGGCUCCUCCUGCAGUAGCUCCAACUGCUGCCCCUGCCACUCCUCCUGCGGUUACAACUGCCGCUACUCCGCCGGCUGCAUCUGCUGCUUCAUCUGCUGCUCCACCUGCUGAUUCUACAGCAGCUCCUGCUGCAGCCCCUGAAGCUACCACAACAGCUGCUCCUUGAGGAGCUUUCCAAUCCGUUCUCUCUCAAACAAAAGUACUCCUCUAUCCCUAGGCUGGAAAACGGGAUUCGGUCUACGCCUUUUGUUAUUAAAUAAAAUAAAACUUUUGUUCACGCCAA